AUGGUGAAGACGAGUUUAAUGUACGCUAUUAGGAAACGAGAUGAUGUAGUCGAGAUGAUCAGAUGGCAAAAACAUAAGGUAAAGGUUCAGGAGAUGAUCCGUCGGAGGUUAGAGUUUGAGAGGGGUGCUAGUUCAGGAAUAGGUAAAGCCACUGCUGUGUUGUUCUCACGCCUGGGAGCGAGGCUAGCUCUGACUGGAAGGAACCAAGAAAAUUUGACAAAAUCUGCUGAAGAAUGUGAAACAGCUUCACCUUAUAAUCUAAAGCCUUUGUGUAUCGUCGCUGAUUUAACUAUAGAAUCAGAUAUCGAUCGGAUUAUGAAGUCAACAAUUGACACCUAUGGAAGACUGGAUAUUCUGGUUAACAGUGCUGGUAUGUUAGCAUUUGACUCUGCUCAAAAAGGUUCUUUGGAGACACUAGAUUUGGUGUGGAAAACCAAUGUUCGAGCUGUCUAUCGUUUGACGAUGCUAGCUGUUCCUCACCUGAUUGAAAGUAAAGGUUCCAUUGUCAACGUUUCGGGCAUUCUCAGCAACAGGGGAUGUGCAACAUUACUUUCCUAUACCAUGUCGAGAGGCGCUAUAGAUCAAUUUACCAGAAGUGUGGCAUUAGAUCUUGCUCCCAAACAAGUCAGAGUGAACUCAGUAAAUCCUGGAGUUAUUGAAACAAACAUCUUUUCAACUAUUGGACUAGACGUAAAGAAAGUGAUGCAAGAAGAAGCACAGUUACGACCACUUGGUCGUGGAGGACAACCGCUAGAGGUCGCUACUGCCAUCGCUUUUCUCGCUUCUGACGAGGCUUCGUUUAUAACUGGAGAAACCUUGGUGAUAGAUGGUGCAAGAACCAUCCCUUGCUGAGAUGUCUUAUUUGUUUCUGCAGUAAUGAACUUUUUGCAGAAAAUAAAACAUUAGUUGCUGAUU